AUGAGCCUCGCCGAUGAAUUCAAGCUCGCCGCCAAGGAUCACGCUUCGAUUGAGUUCACUCAAUGCGAUGUGACGAAAUGGAGCGACCUUCAGAAUGUAAUUGAUGUAUCCGUUGACAAGUUCGGAGUCGUCCUAGAGUCCAACCUCUGGGAGGAUCCUGAACCCCUCGAGAGCAACAGCUACACGCAUGUUGACAUGAAUGUCAACCACCCAAUCAAUCUCACAAGGCUUACCAUACGCGCUCUCCUAGGCAAGCAUCAGCAAGGCGUAGUAGUCAUCAUUAGCUCCAUCGCAGGGUACAGGAACCAGUACCCAGCGUUCAUCUACAGCGCGACAAAGCACGCUAUUAUAGGCUUUACCAGGAGUCUUAGGUCUACUCAAGACGUGCAAGGCGUCAAGAUUAUCUAUGCCUAUCCAGGGCUUUUGACCCCGGCCCCUCCCGCGAAGCUUAUGGAAUCUUCCUUAAUGACCACCUGGAACAGGAUUGUGACGACUCCCAUAUGGACAACCGGCACACUUGGGCCCGGGGAGCGACUUAGAGUAAAUAGCUCUCUUGCCAUCACCUUUAAUGAGGUGGCAGAGGCAAUAGGCGACGCCAUGGAGUUAGCAGAAUAUCUAGGUAGAACUAUAUUAGAGGUAUCCAAGGAGGGAAGAAGAGUUAUUCCAGAGUGGAAUAUCAAACCACCCGGCUUAGUCCAUAGACAGAUGGAGAAGGGUACAACUAUCCCAUCCGAGGCGAUUCUUAAGACCCUAAGGCCAAUCCUAGCUCGCACAGCUAUUGAGAAAGGUCGCUUUGAGCGAGAUAUGUCUCCCGGGGGCAGCGGCCUCCGACUCAACCAUAGUAGUAGAUGGCCAAAGAUAGAUUUGGCCAAUGCACAGUCUAUGGAACUGUUAGGGAAGAUCGGGCUAGCAGACAGUCUUCGUGAGCGAGGUAUACCCAGCAACAUUCUAUACACAGUCCUCAUAUCCACUAGACUCGGUCACGAUGCCGCCUUCACCCAAUCGGACCACCCCUCAGUCAAUGAGUACAAGGAGCAGAUCAAGGCCAAGAACGAUAGAACUCAGCCUCUAAGUCGUAUAAGCGAAGCGUCGAGUAAAAGUCGCAAGAGCCUAGACAUUGGCCUCGAAGGUUCAUUCCUCCUAAUUCACUUUGAGUCCCGCGAUCUCGAGAAUCUACACAAGCAAGGUCGCUUCUGGUAUCUCUUUCUCUUCAAUCAAGGUGCAUUUGGCGGUGUCGUCAUCUCUCAGGAUGAAAAGAAUAUCUUCACUAUUCAUUGCUCCCUCGGCCCUAAUAUAGACAAGUAUUUAACGAGCUCCGAAGAUGCCAUGGACACCGUGCUUAGGGGAGCUCAUAGGCCAUUCAAGAUCAAGAUUAACAAGACCCUCGUACGUUCUGCUUACCGUCCCGGCACCGAGGUUGCAAAGUCAUUCGCAGGCCCCGGCCUACGGAUUUUCCUCGCAGGAGACGCCGCACAUCAGAACGAUCUUCGGGCUCAGUUAACCCAUCAAGGGCCGGGCUACAACUAUAAUAAAGAACAGAUCUUCAACACAUCAUAG